GAAGCCCCUGAAAGCGGUGACGUAUAGAUCCAUCAUUGGACGCCCUUGAAAACCCCUCCUUUUACAAUUUCACUGGAGCGCGGGGUGUGUGUGUGUGUGUGUGUAUGUGUGUAUGUGCGGAGACCUAAAACACACCGACGACACCGGUUAGGCGAGGAAAUAUACACACUCUUACACACUUAUCCACGCUCAUAUAUGCACGCAUGUACACGCAUACACACGCGCGCGCGCACACAGUUCCGCAAGCGGUGCGGGAGAAAAUUGCGCGUGAAGAUCCGACGGGAUGUGUUCUGGUGACUGAUGCGCACGGAAACGGUGUGUGUUUGCAAUCAACACCGAUGGACUUUUAAUCCCUGCGACCACCGAGGACAUACUGUUUCUCUUCCCCAGUUAUUAUUUUUAUUUCUUGUUGCGCAAAAACGCAAAGCGGAUGAUUUGAACCUCAGCACCAGCGUGUGCCAGGAGCACAAAUACACCAGGCUUUUGGCUUUUUUUUGUGAUUCGGAAACUUUUUCUGCUCUUAUUAGGUCCCUUUUCUUCUCUAGCAUUGGCUCCCGUGCAAACAGCCGCGUUGGAUCCGUCGGGUUACUGCGAGCCUCCGGUGUACAACCCGGACCUCUGCCCCAACAUGAUCGCCGCGCAGGCCAAGCUCGUGUACCACCUGAACAAGUACUACAACGAGAAGUGCCAAGCGCGUAAAGCGGCCAUCGCCAAGACCAUCCGCGAGGUGUGCAAGGUGGUCUCAGACGUGCUCAAGGAGGUCGAGGUGCAGGAGCCGCGCUUCAUCAGCUCCCUCAACGAACUCGACAACCGGUUCGAGGGCCUCGAGGUGGUUUCACCCACCGAGUUCGAGGUGGUGCUCUACCUCAACCAGAUGGGCGUCUUCAACUUCGUGGACGACGGCUCGCUACCCGGCUGCGCCGUCCUGAAGCUGAGCGACGGCCGCAAGCGCAGCAUGUCCCUCUGGGUGGAGUUCAUCACCGCCUCGGGAUACCUGUCGGCGCGCAAGAUCCGCUCGCGGUUCCAGACGCUCGUGGCGCAGGCCGUGGACAAGUGCAGCUACCGCGACUCGGUUAAGAUGGUGGCGGACACGAGCGAAGUCAAGCUGCGCAUCAGAGACCGCUACGUGGUCCAGAUCACACCGGCGUUCAAGUGCACGGGGAUCUGGCCGCGCAGCGCGGCGCACUGGCCCCUACCCCACAUCCCGUGGCCCGGUCCAAACCGCGUGGCUGAGGUCAAAGCCGAGGGGUUUAAUCUGCUCUCCAAGGAGUGCUACUCGCUGAACGGGAAGCAAAGCUCGGCCGAAAGUGACGCCUGGGUGCUGCAGUUCGCCGAGGCCGAGAACAGGCUGCUGCUCGGCGGAUGCAGGAAGAAGUGUCUCUCGCUGCUGAAAACUCUGCGGGACCGCCACCUCGAGCUCCCCGGGCAGCCGCUCAACAACUACCACAUGAAGACCUUGGUUUCCUACGAAUGCGAGAAACACCCACGGGAGUCGGACUGGGAUGAGAACUGUCUGGGAGACCGACUGAACGGCAUCCUGCUGCAGCUGAUUUCGUGUCUGCAGUGCCGCCGGUGCCCGCAUUACUUCUUGCCGAACCUCGACCUGUUCCAGGGCAAACCGCACUCGGCGCUCGAAAACGCCGCCAAGCAGACUUGGAGGCUCGCAAGGGAGAUCCUGACCAACCCGAAAAGUCUGGAGAAGCUUUGAGGUAAAGCAGAGACUUGAGAAAUUAUAUCCACAUGUACUGUCUGGAGUGAAAAAAACAAAAAGAAGAAAUGAAAUUCUAGGUGUAGGUUCGGGUUCGGUUUUACUGAAGUUUGGAAACCUGGACAUAAAAUAAAAAAAAAACAAUAACUUUUACUGAUCUCUAAAUCCCACCUUCUUGUUUAUGUCUCUUUAUAAAGUUAUUUUAGAUAUUAUCACUGUCUAAAAUAGUUUUUAUCGUCAUGAAUUUUUUGUGGUUUGUGUUGCUCACAUUCGCAAAACAACAAAAAAAUGUAAACACAAUCAAAAUGUUUAUUUGGUUAUUUAUCAGUGUUAUAUAUCUAUUUUUCUGAUCGAGCAGUCAAAAUCCAAAACCUUUUACACGCAUCAUGAACGUCUAUGAUUUUUUUUUCCCCCGUAAAGAAUUAAACAAAAACCCUGUACAUUUUUAUACUGUAAAUACACACAUUUGUAGAUUGUGAUUCCGCUGGUGUAAAAAAAAAUGGUGAAUGUUGUUUCUGUGACAUGUAAAAUAGAAGUUUAAUUCCACCUAAUUUUUUUAUUAUUAUUAUGAUUACAUUCGAGUGAAUUAUUUCUGAUAGAAAAGACGGAAAGAAUUCCCAUUAGAGCUCCACAGUGAUAGUUUGACUAUUGUUCAAUGGCGAAUUUCUUUUUUUUUUUUUUUUUUUUUUGGUUAGAGUUUACAUUUUUGGUGGUAUGAUCUGUUCCAUUUCUUUUAAACAUUCCAUAUAAAUACUUGAAUUUUUAUUUAAAGUAUAUUCCACCUCUCCUCUUUUUUUUAUUAUACCUUGCUUAUUAAGGAAAAGCUGAAAAUGAAAAUAUUGAAUUAUAUAUGCGGAAAAAAAUAUACCUGAAAGAAAAAAAAAACAAUGCACUUGAGAUACACUGGAAUAUAAACAUUGUGAUUAUGAUUUGAUUUUUUUUAACAUUUCUGUCUCUGAAUUUAUUUAAAGAGUUAAUAAAAAAAACAAAGACAGAA